ACAUCAGCUAUAUAAAGCAACCCCCCACACAUAUAUUUACACACACACACAUAAACACACACAAUGGGCAAGGACUACUAUAAGACUUUAGGCAUAACAAAAACUGCCACCGAUGAUGAGAUCAAAAAGGCCUAUAGAAAAUUGGCGUUACGUUAUCAUCCUGAUAAAAAUAAAGCGGCCAAUGCUGAAGAGAAAUUCAAAGAGGUCGCCGAAGCAUAUGAAGUACUCUCCGAUAAAAACAAACGUGAGCUCUAUGACAAGUACGGCGAGGAUGGACUGAAGAGUGGAGGCGCUCGUAAUGGCGGCGGUGGAGGCAAUAAUACAUUUACAUAUCAGUUCCAUGGCGAUCCCCGGGAAACAUUCGCACAGUUCUUUGGCAAUAGCAAUCCGUUCUCAUCGUUCUUCGAUAUGAACGAUAAUCUGUUCGAUAAGAAUGUGUUCGAUUUGGGUACAGAGACCGAUUUCUUCUCAUCGCCAUUUGGUGGUCCGGGCUCAAGGCAUGGCCUAGGCAGCGCCUUCAGGCCCUCUUUUAGAUCACACUCCUUCAAUGUGCACACCCCCUUCAAAAAGGAACAGGAUCCGCCCGUUGAGCAUGAUCUCUACGUGACGCUGGAGGAGAUCUAUCAUGGCUGUGUUAAGAAAAUGAAAAUCUCACGUCUUGUCAUCCAGCGCGAUGGUAGCUCGAAAAAGGAGGAUAAAAUUCUGCAAAUAUCUAUUAAACCCGGCUGGAAAUCGGGCACCAAAGUCACGUUCCAGAAGGAGGGCGACCAGGUGCCCGGCAAAAUACCAUCGGAUAUUGUGUUCAUCAUCAGGGAUAAGCCACAUGCCAUGUUCAAGCGAGAGGGCAGUGAUUUGCGAUAUACGGCGAGGCUGACACUCAAGCAGGCGCUUUGCGGCGUUGUCUUCCAAGUUCCUACAAUGUCUGGCGACAAGCUGCGCAUUAGCACCAUGCAGGAGAUCAUCAAGCCGAACACUGUGAAACGCAUCCAGGGCUAUGGCCUGCCCUUCCCAAAAGAUCCGACGCGCAAGGGCGAUCUGCUGGUGGCCUUCGAUAUACAAUUUCCGGAGAAAUUGACUGCCUCGAAAAAGGAGGUGCUCAGAGACAUGUUAUAGAACCUACAGAGAUGAAGAUGAAGAAGAAGAAGAAGUAAUGCCGCCUUUAACCACGACACACAGCACAAAGCACGACUCACUCAACUCUGCAAUCCAGUCUGCCCUCGUUUCCUGCUCUUCUGCUGCUAGUUAGUCAUACUAAAACCAAAUUCUUUUAUCUUGACGAUUGAGCAUUGAAUGUGUCAUCAAAUUC